GACGGAUUCCGAAACAAGCUCCGAACCAAUUAACCCCCAAUAAACCAUCCGACGCGACGACCACCCGACGACCAACCGCCGACGACGACGAUGACGACGGAAGCAGCUGGCUGGUGGCUGCAACUGUCGCAAUUCAGUCGCUCGUCGAAUCGGUCCGGAUGCGGUCGUGAGUUUUUCGUGAGCGCGUGGUUUCUGCGGUUUUUCCCCCCUAGCGCGGGUGACGGGUGACAGCUUUUGAUGAGUUUUCGAUUUUUUCCUGCUGGCUGCUGUCCUGACCAUCUGCUCUUGCUGUUGAUGAUGAUCGUUCUCCGUUGAUUGAGGAGGAGAGUGAAAGGAGCGCAAGAGUGUCAUUACUGACGAAGAUGACGACGACAACGACGAGUACUGCCACCACGGUGAAGUCGACGCCGAUUGCGACGUGAUGUUUGGAUAUUUUGGCCGCUGUGCGGAUAGUGUUCUGGCAGGGGCUCUGUUGCUUUUUGCCACCAGAAAAGGGUGAAUUCAGGCUGAAAGAAGUGAAUCCUUUUCGGCUCGGCGCGCGCGUGUUUGUGCGGGGGAGUUCAAGUGGAGGAGGCUCUGUGACAUAACCAAUUCCGAGAAGAAGGAUGUUAUUUUCUGGGCUGUUCUGACUUUCAUGGCGUCGGAGGAGAGAGAGUGAAGAAAAGGAAAAAAAGUGGUCGUUCAAAAGGAAUGUUUUUCUUUCUAUUCGUUUGACGAGAGAAUACAUCCAGGGGUAUUCAUAUCAUCGGCUUAAGGGAAACGUGACCUCUCGAACCCUCAUAGUUGGCUGGCUGGUGGUGAUUGUGCUCGGGCUCUGUUGUUCCUCGAGAGGAAAGUGCAAAAGUUCGAGCCUGAUGGGAAUUGAUAACAGCGAAAACGAGAAAAGCCCAAAAAGGCAAAACCUCUAGCUGUAGAGAAAGGAAACCUCCGGUCGGGUUUGUCGGCGAAGGAAGUAAGACAACAGCCAGCGAAGAGUGCCCUUGAAGAAGAGUGCUGAGCCGAAACAAAGUGGAAUGAGGAUGCAGUGAAAAGCAAAGUGAAAGGGCAAAAGCGUGAAGCGAAAAUUGAAAAGUUUACCCGAGUGUUGCUAAUUUGGGAUUUGUGUGAUUGUUUACAGAAAGUCGAGGAAAAGCGGGGCUGGGAAAAGAAGUGUAACGCGAAAAAAGUUUCUCCUCGAGAGAUUGAUGAAGAUGAGUGUGAGAAUUUGAAGAAAAAAAAAGACGAAGUAAGCUCCAGAGGAAAGGAGCAGCCGGCGUGGCGGGUUGGCGCUUGGCCAGAUUCGACUCGGAAGUGGAAAGUUCAGUGAAGCGAGUAGCGAAGGAGCAUCAGCAGCAGAAGCAAAGGCGUCCAAUCCAGAAUACCGUACACAAUUGAAGUGAACUGCACCGUUCUGGAAGUGUACCUAACUGCCAAUUCCAUUUAGAGCUAACUUUCUCGAUUCUCACUAAUCGCAAACAAUGGAAAUUGCAAAAUGGCUCAUCAUCAUCGUCGGGGGAGGAGGAUGAUGAUGAUGAUUACAACCGUUCUUUCUCCCGUCAAAAGCCAUGCUUGCCAUCGAGAAAACACCACCCCGAAUGUGUGAAUCCGUUUCGUCGUUUUCCUAAGUGUCGUUAAAGUGAGCGAGAAAGGGAAAUUUACCCAAAAUCACGGACCCAGCUCACAUCCUCCCGGACGGAGGGCGCCCAACAGGAGCCGAGAGACACAAUUCGGCCGCAAAAAUGCUAAUCAAGGCCAACAUUUGGAUGUACGUGUUUCAACUGGUCGUGAUGAAAGUUUCCUACAGCGUCCACGGGCUGGAUAGCGUGCACGUGCGGGUCCCGCUGGCGGUAACGGUCGGUAGCCCCGCGGUGCUGAUUUGCGAAAGCGACCUCCCGGACGAGGACCUCUACUCGGUCAAGUGGUACAAGGGGAAGCACGAGUUCUUCCGCUACACCUCCAAGGAAAUCCCAUCGAUCAAGAUCUUUCCCAAGGCCGGGAUCAACAUCAAUGUUGACCACUGUAACGCAAGUCACGUAGUACUGCGAAGCGUAGAACCGCACACCAGUGGGAAAUACAGCUGCGAGAUAACGGAAGCAGCACCCUCGUUUCACACUAAGAUAGUCACUAGAGAUUUAAAUGUAGUAGAUUUACCGAAAAGUGAUCCCCACAUCGUGGACAUGAAGCCGUUCUACGGUGCCGACGAGUUUCUCGAGGUCGAAUGCAUAUCAAACGAAUCACUGCCAGCGGCCCGGCUCGAAUGGCUCAUCAACGAUCGGCCGCUCGGCAAAAUCCAGCCUCCGUCCCGGCUGGAGUUCGUCACGUUGUUGCCGGCCUCGCACAGUAACAGUAGCAGUAGCAGUACCGUGGGAGGUACCCCGAGUAAAAAAUCCACCAAGUCUUCCCUACGCCAAAAGCAGUCGUCGUCGCCAGCGGUUCACAACGAGUCGGACGAUGGCGAAGAAGCUGGAUCGGUGCCGUUGGACAACAAUGCCCUGCAGUACCACUCGCCGGAGUUUACGGUACCGGUGGCGGCUGCCGUGGUGGCUUCGGCAGCUGCCCUUUCGCUAACGACGGCCAGUUCGCAGAUUCUGGCGUCCGCGCCGGCGUUACCUUCGCCAUCGGCCGUGUACUCCACGGUACCGUCGUCGUCGAAAAAGUCUGCGUCCGCGGGUGGCAAGAAGGGACAGGCCGUGGCACGGUACGAAACGGCCAUUUCCCGGCUAAAGCUGCUGCUGGGGCACGAACACUUCGACAAAGGGAAGAUUAAGGUGAAAUGCACCGCCCGGAUAUUCGACCUGUACGAACGGUCAGCCCAGCAGACGGCGGACGAGAACUAUCCCCAGGUGCGGGUGCUCUCCAACAGCGACAACGGAGUGCACUUCUCCUUCAUGAGCGAUAAGGACGAAGCGUCCUCUGGAUCGGCAUCGUUCCACCAGCACCACCACCCCCUGCUGCGACCACUCUUCUGGCCGGGAUCCUGGAUCCGGGCAGUGUGCCGAUUGCUGCUCGGCAGUAGCCCUUCACCGUACCAAGACACUGGCCAAUUCCCAGCGUCGAUGGUUUCAUCACUCUCAGUGGCGGCAUUGGCAGCAACCGUAUCGAGCUACUUGCGAAAGCCAUCCUCGCUGUUGCUACUGACGGUUCUGCUGGUGUUCGCUUCCUAACGCUGCUAUCGAACCGGCCGGCGUCAUAAGUUGGCAGCGCUGUGAGUGCAACAGCAGCAGAAGCAGCGUCAUGUGUACAGUCGAUGUGAGGUUAUGUUUAUGUUGUUCAGCGCAGUGCUUCUUUUCCAGAAUGCCAAUGUCCCUUUGGCGAGUGUUGGGAUGGAAAGGGACGAUGGAAUGCUGGGCGUUGGGUUUUCCGAUAGGGUGAGGCGAAUCGUACGGGUUAUUCCAUUACAACGCAUCCCACAGGGUAUUGGACAAUGUCAGCAACCGAACGGUCAAACCCACCCUAACGAAGGGUAUCAGCAUUCCGUUCUGAUUUACGUUCGGAGAAGCUUAGUUGUGUAAAUUCGUGGAUAGCUUAGUCGACAAGUAAAACGCUAUUUUUUGUAUUCAAAGCUAGCUGCACGCUGCAGCGUAAGAGUCUAAUGGUAGUUAUAUGAUUAAAUAAAUUGAAAUAGUUGGAAUAAGAUCACAUAGUCGAUAAUUGAAACACUAGAACAAUACCACUCUUUAGAAAAGGCAGAGAGCGAUGGAAGAUGAUGUGUGAUACAUCACACCCCAGGAGAACGAAUUGUGAACUGAGAUUAAAAACAGAUUGCAUCGAAGCAAAUGAUGGUUGUACAGCAAAUUAUCCUUCAAAAUCACUCCCAGAAUAUGCAAAGCAUGACACUCCUAAGACAGAACUGAAUUACAGAAUGUUCAGAGAGAAAAAAUAAACAACAUCGGAAGAAAGUCCCUAAUCCAUACAAUCUCACAAUCUAUACAUUGUAUAUUCGGAAGUGAUAAAAUAUAGCGGUCCUUUCAGAAAAAAUGAAAUGUGAUCGCCGGAAGAUACAAGAAAUGCUAAGGCGCUUCUAAAUAUGGUGUCGUGAAAAACGAAGAGAAGAAUAGUAUGUUGUAUAUUGAAAAAGUCUAUUGAAAAAUAUAAGAAACGAAAUCUUCAGUAAGUUUUA